GGCCAUAACUGAGUGAAGAAACGCGCGUGCGAUUAAUUGAUGACUGUGUAUUGUCAAUAUUUAUUCUCUUCACGCGGUGCACUAAUGAUUCACAACGAAUGUUCAAAAUUGCUCACAGUGAUUGAGUCAAACAGCGGGGCAUUUGACACGACCCGAUGAGCUGCUCAAAUCAUGAAAACCGCAUCGUUUAGAAUUGGUAAUUAUUCGUGUGAGAUUGCAAGUCGUUUUUUCUUCUUCUCUCAAUUAACAUAGGCGGUAGUGCUGUGGAUGUUGAUGAUGGAGAGUUGUAAGGUCAUGGCUCAACUGGUUUGGAUUGCAAAUGAUGUUUACCUUGCAUAUUUUACAUGUCAAUAGGUGAAAUCAUCAGGAAAUAACAUCCACUUAAACUUUAUGUUUGUUUGGUUGCAUAAAUACACCUAACCUUAACAUUAUCCCGUAAGUAGCUACUAGUAUAACCUAACCUAAACAAAUAUGGCCGUAAAUUUGUGAAAUCGCAUUUCAUAACAUUUUCACACUUUCAGUAUUGUUAUGAUUUUCGUUCAUAAACACGUUUUAUUCAUCAUAUAAUUCCGUUGUCUACCGAUUAUCGCAAGCCGUUUAUCGGAGUACAACAAUGACACAAUGACAAUUACUGUACGCGCUACUAUCGUGGAAAGUACUUUCACCCCUUUGUCUUGCCGAACCAUUAACCACAGCGACGCAGUCUUCUUCGAAGACCAUUUGCGCCUUCAACACGGGUUACUUCACUUCGUGUCGCGAUGCACAAAACAAUUCGUAAUUCGCGCUGCAUGCGCGCACAGAGAAAACUCGCACAAAAUUGAAUAGAAGACAAGCUUCUUCUAAUUAUGUCGUGCAGAAAUGCAUAAACACAAUGACUCUAUGAAAAUAUACCUCGAAGACUCCAAAGUUAUAAAUAACUGUGCAAAGCAUGAAACUCUUCAGUUGCAAGACACCUUUUGAUUACACUACAACAAAAUGUCUAUAUCACUGCUGCUAUUACUGAUAGUGAUGAGUGUCUUGGGAGAAGAAACUACAACAACUCAAAUAACCACGACUACAACACAAGUUACCACCGUUCCAGAGGAUCAUGAUCCCGAGUUGCAAACAGAAGAAACUCGUGUUCUCAAAAAACCGGAAAACUCUACUUUGCCUGUGAACCAUUCGGAAACAUUACGUGCAAUGCCCACGGAACAGACCAAGACACAAUCCCAACAAGUAGUGAAGAUCUCCCCGGAAUCUGUCCUGAAUAUCACCGCUGUUACCGAUGUAGGAAAACUCAAAGACUUCCGUCCCAGCCCGCAAUUAGAGACAAUCUACGAGUACAAUCGUUUUCCAGUCGUGCCAGCUCAUCCGGAAGCCAAGACCUUUGGGACAUCGAUUAAAAUACCUAUACACUCCACAUUGUCCCACGUAUUGGACAAUGAAGAGGAAGAACCCGAAAAGGAUGUGUGGACAUCAAAGGUUCGCUUUCCUCACACGCAUCCAGUCACGGUGAAUGAUCACCCGUAUCCGUACUUGAAAGACGGCAUCGAUAAAGGUUCCGCGACUGCUUACGGAGGUUACGGGCAUUCAGGUCAAGGGCAUCAGAAAGAUUUGGGACUUGUGAAACGUCCGAUCAUGCAUAAACAUUCCUAUGGUGGUGAGGGUGGCUGGGAUAAAACUUUGAAGAGGAAACCACCGAGUAAAACUUAUCAUGAAGAUGGCGGGUAUCAUACUGAUUUGUCAUCAUCUCCAUGGAAGAAAAUCAUCAAGAUUUUGACAGCGUUCAUUCCAAUUGGGUUAUUGUUGAGUGCCUUGACACCUAGUAUCAUUACAAUUGGGCCUAUGAAUGGGACUGCUGCCAGGGCUAGGUCAGGAGAGAAGGCUAAAAACAGUCUGUUGUCACAACUUGCCCUUGAUGGUUGUGAUGAGAGGAUAUUCUGUGAACUAAUGUUAAACGCUGAGGAAUCCGGGAAUAAUGACAAAAACAUCGAAACAAUGCUACAGAACUAUCUAGAAAGUCACGGAGACACGACACGUUUGCAACUCAUUUACAAAGCAAUCAAGAGUGGCAAUUGCAGUUCGCUGCGUUGUAACUCAAUAAAAGAAUAGAUAUAAUUACCUACGGCUUUAUUCUGAAUGUUUUAUUUCUCUUGGUGUCUAUAUACGUUGCAAGCUUCUUCAGUAGCAGUUGCGUGCGGUCUGCGAGGAAAGUGUCGACCUGGCCCAUAAUGCUAAUCAGUUGAAUCAUGCGCUCAAUGUUGAUCUGCACGACGUUUUCCAAUUCGCUCUCCUUCGCGGUGAUUUGCUCCCUGA